UCCACACAGUAGCCUACGCAGCAGAAGAGGAUAUGGAGCAGUGAUGUGCCGGGAGACCAGGAGAAUAAUAACACUUCUUUUUAAAAACGGAAUAAAUGCCCGUCUUUAAGUGACAGUUACAGGGUUCCUCUUGUAAAUUUAAAAUACUUCAAACGCAGAUGCUAGCAUGCAGGAAAUGCCAGACUAAUUCUCAGAUUAUUUCAAUCACCCCUCACGCCUCUAGAGAGUUCUGUCUUCAGUUGAAUAUUGCGCGUCUGACGGGAAGGGUCGAAGAAUACCAGCUCCAGCCGCCGUGGAAACGGAUUAUUCCAAGAUGCUCCGGCAAAUGCAAUAUUUGAAAUUAACGACAGCACUCGUGUUGCUACCGUGUGUGUUGUCAUUUAACGUGGAUGACAAGAAUGGGGAGACUUUCAAUGGUCCGCUGGAGGACAUGUUUGGAUACUCAGUCCAGCAGUUUGAGAACAGUGAGGGGAAGUGGGUGCUGAUUGGUUCUCCCCUGGCCGGCCAGCCAGCCAAACGGACUGGAGAUGUCUACAAAUGCCGUGUGGGUCAAGGACCAAACCCUAAAUGUAUCAAACUGGAGCUGCCUGAAAACACAACAAUUCCUAACUUACACGAAGUCAAGGAAAACAUGACCAUGGGAACGACGCUGAUUACCAACCCUCAAGGAGGCUUUCUGGCCUGUGGUCCCCAGUACGGCUACAUGUGUGGUCAGCAGACGUACAUCUCUGGGGUCUGUACCAACGUCAGCUCAACCUUCCAGGUGCUCAACUCUAUCGCCCCGGCUGUGCAAGAGUGUGCCAAAGAGCUUGACAUUGUCAUGGUUCUUGACGGCUCCAACAGUAUCUGGCCCUGGACCAGCAUCAUUGAAUUCCUGGUCAAGUUUCUGAAGAAUAUCGAAAUUGGAGCUAAACUGUCCCAGGUGGGCAUUGUGUCGUAUGGAGAGGAAGUCACUCACAAUGUCAACCUCAGCCAGUUUGAUACCACUCAAUCCCUCCUGGCCAAAGUGGAGAAACUUCCCCAGCAAACAGGUUUCAAGACUAUGACCGCCCUGGGAAUUGACACUGCAAGGAAAGAGGCCUUCACUGUGGAGCGAGGGGCGCGGCCGGGGGUCAAGAAGGUCAUGAUAAUUGUGACGGACGGAGAGUCACAUGACUUUUAUAACCUCGACAAGGUCAUCAAAGAAUGUGAGGAGGACGAUAUCGAGAGGUUCGGUAUCGCUGUGCUUGGUGAUUACAACAGGAACAACAGAAGCAUCAAGGAGGUGAAGAAAUUCAUUGAGGAGAUCCAGUCGAUCUCCAGCGAUCCUGUGGGAGAUCACUUCUUCAACGUGUCGGAUGAGUUUGCCUUGCUGAACAUCGUAGACGCCCUGGGCAGCAGGAUCUUUGCCUUGGAGGCAACGUCAGGUAACUACACCUCGUCUUUUGAGAUGGAGAUGUCCCAGGCUGGAUUUAGUGCCCACACCUCUAAAGAGGGUGUGAUGCUGGGUGCUGUGGGGGCGUAUGAGUGGAACGGGACAGUAGUGAUGCAUACCGACCAGGGUACCGUGGUUCCUCUAAACGCAGACUUCCAAGACCCCCUGGAUGAGAGGAAGGAGAGCCUGGCGGGGUACGUGGGUUAUGCCGUACAGUCAGCCUCAACCCCUAAUGGUGUAUUAUACAUCACAGGAGCACCGCGGUACAACCACACAGGCAGAGUCAUCGUGUACAAACUGGAUGGGGAAAUCAUCACAGUCACACAAGUACUGAAAGGAGAGCAGAUUGGCUCCUACUUUGGCAGCGUGCUCCAGACGGUGGAUGUUGACCAGGACUCCUACACAGACAUCCUGCUGGUGGGAGCUCCUAUGUUCAUGGGCCCAGAGAGGGAGGAACAGGGACAGGUUUACGUCUACAAACUCAAUGAGAAGGGCCUAUUUGAGCACCAGACCACGCUGAAGCCAGACAACCAGACGUGUUGUACCUCGGCCCACUCCCACGGUUGCACCAUCGUCAACACCAACGGCCCGUGUGGCGCCCGCUUCGGCACCGCCAUCGCAGAGGUCAGUGACCUGGACCUGGACGGGAACCGGGACGUGGCCAUUGGGGCGCCACUGGAGAACGACCACAAAGGGGCAGUCUACGUCUACCAUGGAGCCAAGAAGACCAUCAAGGAAAAAUAUGUGCAGCGUAUCCCAGGCCCUGGAGACGGGGUGAAGACUAAGUUCUUUGGCCAGUCGAUCCACGGAGUCAUGGAUCUGAACGGAGACGGAAUUAUAGACAUUACCAUUGGAGGGCUGGGAGGGGCUUCUCUGUUCUGGUCGAAGGAUGUUGCUGAGCUUUAUGCUAACAUGACCUUUGACCCAAACAAGAUCAACCUACAGCAGCCCUCUGAAGACUGUGUGCUGGGUGAGAGAGCCACCGUGUGUGUGAAGACCAGGGUCUGCUUUAACUACAGUGUCAAGUCUGAGAAGGACCACACUAACUUGGGCACAGCCAUUAAGUACAACCUGACUCUGGACUCUCUGAGGGCAAAGUCGAGGGCAGCGUUUGUCAACCCUGACGAGAAGAGUGAGAGGAAGGUCCAGGUCACCGCCAACAUCAUAGAUGCUCUGUGUCUGGAGCAUUCCUUUGCCAUGAAGGCUAAUCUGGACUUCAGGGACCCAAUCAUGGUCUCCCUAGAGUUUGGUCUGGCUGAGGACACAGGCCCCGUCCUGGAUGGAGACUUACCAACGUCACUCAACAAAACGAUUCCUUUGGUGGACUGUGGGAGCGAUGACAAGUGCAUAGCUGACCUAUCCCUGAAGGCUGUGCCAAGUAUACAAAGUCUUGUGAUCAAAGCCAACAAGGAAAAGUUCCAUGUGCUCAUUACCAUUAGAAACAGUCAAGACAAUGCCUACAAUACCAAAGUCAUGCUCAGCUUUACUGAAAACAUAAACUACGUUAAAGUCAAGGCCAAUGACAAAGUCUGCAGUCUGAAUAAUACCAAAGUUGAGUGUGCUGUGGGAUAUCCAUUCCUCAAAAGCAAUGUAGAGGAGGUGUUUGAGAUCCUGUUUGAAGUCAACCCUGCACACGUCUGGAAAGAAAUUCAGAUCAACGUAACUGCAUCCAGUGACAGUGAGGAAUUGAAGACCACCCUCCAUGACAACUCUGUGAGAAUCUCCAUCCCUGUGAAGUACGAGGCUGGACUCAGAUUCACUGCCGACAGGCAUAUGAAGGAGGACCACAUCAUAGUGAAAGAGGGAGAGCAGUACCCCAGCGUCUUCAACCACACCAGUGUGAUAGGAGAAGAGGUCAAGAUCAUCUAUACGGUUAAAAAGGAUGUGGAUAUGGAGACUCCUCCUCUAAAGCUGAGGGUGAUGUACCCGUACCUAUCACCUAGUGAGAACAUCCUGCUAUACCUGACACAUGUCACCUCCUCACAGGAUGUGAGAUGUCAAGUCAGGGACCUGAUUAACCCUUUAAAGAUCAACAACAACAACACGCACACCAUCAAUCCUAAAAAAGAGACCCUCAGUGUCUUCCUGGUGGGCUGUAAGGACCACCCGUGUAAGUCAUUUAUCUGCUCCAUCCCACAUGUCAACAACAGCCAGGUCAAUGUUACCUUCCGGGUAUGGAAGCCCACCUUUAUCAAAGCAGAGUUCUCCAGCCUUCAUAUGGUUGUUAAUGCCACUCUGGAGAACCUGAACACGGAUCUUUUCGUGUUGAGUGCCACCAAUUACGCCAGAGAUGUGAAGAUCCAGGUCUCUAAAGAGGCUUUGGGAGGUAUACCACUGUGGAUCAUUAUAGUCAGUAUCCUAAUAGGACUGAUGAUUCUGGCACUGGUCAUCUUCGCUCUAUGGAAGGCUGGAUUUUUCAAGAGAAAAUCCAUAGAGGACAUGGAGAACGAGGACAUGAAGGAUUAAUCCUUCCACCACCAUACAGAUGUGCCCCACUGUCUUCAGGUCUGUCUUCAGGUCUGUCUUCAGGUCUGUCUUCAGGUCUGUCUUCAGGUCUGUCUUCAGGUCUGUCUUCAGGUCUGUCUUCAGGUCUGUCAGAGGAGAUACCAUAGGAAAUACCCCAUCAACCAAUUCUCCUGAACACCAUCAGGUCAGAAGAAAAGCCAGUCUAUUUAUGGCUAUUCAACAACCAUUCACCUGAAUGUGAUGUGGCCCAUCUACCAGUCUUAAAACCCUGGUCUGAUUCAGUGGAUACGGAGGCCUGGGGAAACAUUGAACUUGUACAGUACACUCUAUUCAAUGUGGGUACCAAGACCUGGACCUAAAAUACCUAAGCUAGAAGGGAAAUCAGAAGACCGUAAGGAUAAUGGCACGCUGACUCAGACCUGAUCAUAUGCAGCCACACCAGCUUUAUACAAAACGUUCUCAGGUUCACUUACAGCGUCAACAUCCCAAAGACACUAAAAACACCUCAGAUUACAGUAUGGCAUUACACCAAAGUUGUCCAAAUGUCCAAGGCACUCUGCGAUGGAUUAGAAUUCUGUGUUAUAGUUUUUGAUAUUUUUUACGAAUAUACUGUAAAUCUAUACCAUGUACUGUAUUUAUUUUUGUUUGGUAUAUUUUGAUACGUGUUAUUACCUAUAUUUUAACAUAUUCAUCGUCUUCUAAGCAUAAUGUUUGCUUUUUGGAACACUGAUAUUUUCACAUGAGUGUUUUUCUGGUCUUACAAGCGCAAUCUGUAAAUUCUAUAUAUUUUUUUUGAACAAAAGUGUUCUCUUGAAUAUUGAAGGGGUCUAUGCAAAUGUACCCUCCCCAAAUAUAUAUUCAGUAUAAAAGAAGAGGAGGAAUAGAUGCAUUUGCUAUUGACUUAAAUACAACGGCUUUAAUCUAGUUUUUGUUUCAUUUUGUUACCACAUGGGGGCAGAGAAUUUACAGAUUGCUCCUUUACACUAUUAGGAAAAACUUUGAUUGUCCUGUAAAUGUAAUGUAAAGCUUGUACAUAAAGUUAUGUUUGCAAUAAUUCAAGAUCAAGUUAAGUCCAGCAUGUAUCACCAAGGCUCUAUAUAUCAGUAAUAGAGAUAAAAUAAGUAAUUUGCUCCUACAUUUCUCAGGUAUUACUUAUGAUAUAGUAUGAUGAUAGUAUGGUGAUAGUAUGGGGAUAGUAUGGGGAUAGUAUGAUGAUAGUAUGGUGAUAGUAUGAUGAUAGAAUGAUGAUAGUAUGGGGAUAGUAUGGGGAUAAUUUGAUGAUAGAAUGAUGAUAGUAUGGGGAUAGUAUGGCGAUAGUAUGAAUUAGAUAAAACAAACAAAUGUAGUAUUUUUAAAUAAAAUACUUUAAAAACAAUAUGAAAAUAUGUAAAUAUUGGUCUUAUAUUUUGAUAAAAAUUGAAAUGUUUGAUAAAUGUGUAUUGGAACUCAAUGCAUUUUGCAUCCAUUCGCUAAGAUGUUUUUUUUGGGACUCAUCUUUCUUUCUGUCUUUUGUUUUGGGGCGAGAGUGAUUUCGUGAGGUAGCCUACAGUCACAUAGAGUAAUCCAAAAAGUAUCUCCACGGAGUGUAACUUGAUUCCUGAUGUUCAAACCUGUCAGUACCACAAAACAAAGAGAUGUUUGUCUCAGAGAAGGUCAAACUCUGCAAACUAGGCCAUUGAAUGUUACACAGAGGGGGUGAUUUGGUCUGAUAUGCAUAUGAACACCAGGUUAUGCCUAAAGCCCUGUAGUCUCUGUUAUGGCCGCAGUGCUAGCGACUGUCAUGAUUGUGAGUAGAAAUGUUUUAUUUAUGCAUCCUUUCUGCUUUCUCUCCGCCUACAUUCCUCUGCAUAUUUACAUAUUUUGCACAGGCAGUCCGGUGUAACCCCUGACUUUUUAUUGUAUAUAAGAGACACUCAUCAGCUCACCCAUUACUGUUGAAAGCACAUGUAAUAAAUGAAUAAAUAUCUGUAAAAUGUGUAAGAUAACCUUAACAUGGUGAUCCUCCAUACUGUCCCCUUCUGGAGAGCUUAUUUGUCACAGCUCAGCAGUGAUAGAGUCAGCUGAUCAAGGCUUUGAAGAUUUGAUUGCUGAUGAAUUAAAUUGGAACCCAGAACCAAAUAUUGUGUGCUGUCCAGCUAUGCAACUUGACAUGUAUUAUAAUGUAUGUUCAUGUGUUAACAGUCUGUCACAGGAUUUUGUUUGUUGUAUCAGGUGUGAUGGCACAUGUGGGACAAAAACCUACUGUACUUUGACGAGAGAGAGAGAGAGAGAGAGGACUGCUUCAGACUGAUGUACUCCAGUCAUACACACUGCUGUGAACUGUUAGUUUAAUACACUGGUUUGUCAUGUGUAUGUACUCUGAUCAGCACAGAUUUGAAAGCAUUGCACAAGCUGUCAAGGAUCUUAUGCCAAUAAAUACAUUUU